GAAGGGCGCGUAACGGCAGCAUCGUUUCACGCCCGCCUGCUUGGACCAAGUGUGAGACAUUGUCUGAUCCACAUCCACCGGGAUGGACGACCUCCACGCGUCUUCCGUAAAGAACCGCAAAGGCGCCGGUCGGAACCUUCCAGAACGCCAAGUGAGCCUUUCCGAGCAGGACCGUGGGUACGCGCGCGUCGUUACCUCCGGACUGCACCCGCCCGACUCGCACCGCCGCCCGUCGAGUCAUGUCUGAUCCACAGCGAUGGGCAAGUUCGACGACACUGAGAGGAUAAUCCUCAACGUGGGGGGCACCAGACACGAGACGUACAAAAGCACCCUGAAGACCUUACCGGGCACGCGCCUGGCCCUACUGGCGUCCGACUCCGACAUCGACUCUGUGCUGGACCACCUGCAACAAGUCCCCGGCUUCAUCGAGUACAACGCGCGGACCAACGAGUACUUCUUCGACCGCCACCCGGGCGUCUUCGCCUACGUGCUCAACUAUUACCGCACCGGGAAGCUCCACUGCCCGGCGGAUGUGUGCGGACCGCUGUUCGAGGAGGAGCUCUCCUUCUGGGGCAUCGACGAGACGGACGUGGAGCCCUGCUGCUGGAUGACGUACCGGCAGCACCGGGAUGCCGAGGAGGCGCUGGACGUGUUCGAGCUCAACGUGGACACCGGGGACGAGGACGACGACGUGGCCAAGAGGCUCGGCAUCGAGGACGUGGCCGCCGACGGCAGCGGGAGUCUGUGGAGGAAGUGGCGGCCGGUCGUCUGGAAUCUAUUCGAGGAUCCUUACUCCUCCCGGGCGGCGCGGUUUAUCGCCUUUGCCUCCUUGUUCUUCAUCUUGGUGUCCAUCACCACCUUUUGUUUGGAGACCCAUGAGGCUUUCAACACCAUCAUCAACAAGACAGACAUUAUGCGGAACAGCAGCCUGCCGGACGUCGGACCGCAGUAUGAGAUUGAAACUGACCCCGCCCUUACAUAUGUGGAAGGUGUUUGUGUUUUAUGGUUCACCAUUGAGUUCCUGGUUCGUGUGACCUUCUGUCCGGUCAAGUUGGAAUUUAUCAAGAGCGUGCUCAACAUCAUUGACUUUGUGGCUAUUCUUCCUUUCUACUUGGAAGUAGGCCUGAGUGGCCUUUCUUCAAAAGCUGCCAAGGAUGUGUUGGGAUUUCUCAGGGUGGUGCGUUUUGUUCGUAUUUUGCGCAUUUUCAAACUUACCCGUCACUUUGUGGGCCUUCGGGUUUUGGGGCACACAUUAAGGGCCAGUACCAAUGAAUUUCUGCUGCUAAUCAUCUUCCUGGCGUUGGGAGUGUUAAUUUUUGCCACCAUGAUCUAUUAUGCUGAACGCAUUGGCGCCAAGCCCAAUGAUCCCACGGCCAGCCUCCACACCAAAUUCAAGAACAUCCCCAUCGGCUUCUGGUGGGCUGUGGUAACCAUGACCACCCUGGGCUAUGGUGACAUGUAUCCAGAGACAUGGUCUGGUAUGGUCGUGGGUGCGUUGUGUGCUUUGGCUGGAGUGCUUACAAUAGCCAUGCCUGUGCCUGUCAUCGUCAAUAACUUUGGGAUGUACUACUCCCUGGCAAUGGCCAAGCAAAAGCUGCCCAAGAAGAGGAAGAAACAUAUUCCCCAGAUAGUACAGGGAGGGUCCCCUGCCUACUGCAAAGCUGAUCUCACCACCACCUGCAACAGCACUCAAGGUGACCUGUGCCACAUCAAAGGGAGCAGGGUAUUUGAACGCAACCGCUCAGUUGUGUCGGCGGACUGCAGCAGCAGCAGUGACCUGACCACGACUCCAGAGGAGACGGUCCCCAUGCGUAGGUCCAGCACACGGGAGCAGGACCGCCGGAGUGGUGGAACGUGUUUUCUACUUGCUGCUAGUGACUAUAACUGCCCUGCAGAUGGAGGCAUAGGAAAAACAGGCUACGAGAAAUCUCGGAGCUUAAACAACAUAGCUGGCAUGACUGGCAUGGCUGGUAACGCCCUGAGGUUCUCUCCCGUGACCUCACCCUAUGGAUCACCCUGCCCGCUGCGGCGCUCCCGUUCCCCUAUUCCCUCCAUCCUGUAAGAUGUACAGCACUUUUUUUGCAUAACCCGAUCCAAAUCCUACCAGCCUUUGCUACCUUACCUGAACUUUGUUCUUAAUAUUGUGGCUCGUGGUUUAGUGUUGAAUCUUGUAGCAAAGACUAAUCUACUGACUUACUGACUACAGAGUGUUUGACUAUCAUCCUUGUCAGUUCUCCUGCGUCCUGUGUUUUCUUUAAUAAUGUCACAUUUCGAGACUGUGCAAUAAAAAGAACUCUGACUGGUGGCUCUCGAAGUAGCAGCCAUGAUAUUUGAUUAUAAUAAAGGACAUAUGAAUAAUCAGGGAUAUUAGAAGUUGCUUAGGUUCCUUGAGGGAAAACGUGUGCUUCCAUUUGAACUUCAUUUAAGUGUGUAGUACAGUGGAACCCGUUUAAGUAGAUGACCUUCAGACUGGUGGACUCACAGUUAACGAAAUCGUCACAUUUGCAUAUUUGGCCAUGAAGCAUGUGUAUGUCAUUUAAAAAAAAAAAAAGACAAAUGUUACACUGUACAUGUUAAAUAUCCAUCCAUCUAUCCAUCUUCUUCCGCUUAUCCGAGAUCCGGUCGCGGGGGCAGCAGCUUAAGCAGGAAGCCCAGACUUCCCUCUCUCCAGUUACUUCGUCCAGCUCCUCCCGGGGGAACCCGAGGCGUUCCCAGGCCAGCCAGGGAGACAUAGUCUUCCUAACGUGUCCUGGGUCAUCCUCGUGGCCUCCUACCGGUCAGACGUGCCCGAAACACCUCCCUAAGGAGGCGUUCGGGUGGCAUCCUGACCGAUGUCCGAACCACCUCAUCUGACUCCUCUCGAUGUGGAGGAGCAUCGGCUUUAGUUUGAGCUUGUCCCGGACGACAGAGCUUCUCACCCUAUCUCUAAGGGAGAGCCCCGCCACCCGGCGGAGGAAGUUCAUUUUGUCCGCUUGUACCCGUGAUCUUGUCCUUUCAGUCAUAACCCAAAGCUCAUGACCAUAGGUGAAGAUGGGAACGUAGAUCGACCGGUAAAUAUAGAGCUUUGCCUUCCGGCUCAGCUCCUUCUUUACCACAACGGAUCGAUACAGCGUCCGCAUUAUUGAAGACGCCGCACCAAUCCGCCUGUCGAUGUCACGAUCCACUAUUCCCUCACUCAUAAACAAUACUCCGAGGUACUUGAACUACUCCACUGGGGGCAAGAUCUCUUCCCCAACCUGGAGAUGGCACUCCACCCUUUUCCGGGCGAGAACCAUGGACUCGGACUUGGAGGUGCUGAUCCUAAUCCCAGUCGCUUCACACUCUGCUACGAACCGAUACAGCAUGAAAGAGCUGAAGAUCCUGGCCAGAGGAAGCCAUCAGGACCACAUCAUCUGCGAAAAUCAGAGACCUAAUCCUGCAGCCACCAAACCGGAUCCCCUCAGUGCCUAGACUGCGCCUAGAAAUUCUGUCCAUAAAAGCUAUGAACAGAAUCGGUGACAAUGGGCAGCCUUGGCGGAGUCCAACCCUCACUGGAAACGAGUCCGACUUACUGCCGGCAAUGCGGACCAAGAUCUGACACUGAUCAUAUAGGGAGCGGACCGCCACAAUCAGACAGUCCGUUACCCCAUAGUCUCUGAGCACCCCCCACAGGACUUCUCGGGCUACAUGGUCGAAUGCCUUCUCCAAGUCCACAAGGCAAAUGUAGACUGGCAAACUCCCGUGCAGCCUCGAGGACCCUGCCGAGAUUAUAGAGCUGGUUCACAGUUCCACGACCAGGACGAAAACCACACUGUUCCUCCUGAAUCCAAAGUUCGACUAUCCGGCCUAGCCUCCUCUCCAGUACACCUGAAUAGACCUUCCCAGGAAGGCUGAGGAGUGUGAUCCCACGAUAGUUCGAACACACCCUCCGGUUCCCCUUUUUAAAGAGAGGAACCACCACCCCUUUCUGCCAAUCCAGAGGUACCGCCCCCAAUGUCCACGCGAUGUUGCAGAGUUUUGUCAGCCAAGACAGCCCUCCAGCAUCCAGAGCCUUAAGAAACUCCAGGCGGAUCUCAUCCACCGCCGGGGCCUUUCCGCCGAGGAGCUAUUUACCUACCUCAGCAACCUCAGUCCCAGAAAUAGGAGAGCCAACCACAGAAACCCCAGGCACUGCUUCCUCAUAGAAAGACAUGUUGGUAGGAUUGAUGAGGUCUUCAAAGUAUUCUCUCCACCGAUCCACAACAUCCGCAGUCGAGGUCAGCAGAACACCAUCCCCACCAUACACAGUGUUGACAUUGCACGGCUUCCCCCUACUGAGGUGGCGGAUGGUGGUCCAGAAUUGCUCCGAAGCCGUCUGGAAGGCGUUUUCCAUUGCUUCCCGGAACUCCUCCCAUGUCCAAGUUUUUGCCUCCGCUACCGCUGAAGCCGCACACCCCUGGGCCUGUCGGUACCUGUCUGCUGCCUCCAGAGUCCUGUGAGCCAAAAGAACCCGAUAGGACUCUUUUUUUUCCAGCUUGACGGCAUCCCUCACCGCCGGUAUCCACCAGCGGGUUCUAGGAUUACCACCACGACAGGCACCAACCACCUUGCGGCCACAGCUCCGAACCGCCACCUCGACAAUAGAGGUACAGAACAUCGUCCACUUGGACUCAAUGUCCAGCACCUCCCUCGUGACAUGUUAGAGACAGUGCGUCUUCCAUAACAAUGUGACCUCGGACUAUGUUAAAGUAACAUGUGGAGUUCCCCAGGGUUCGGUCCUUGGCCCUGCACUCUUCAGCAUCUACAUGCUGCCGCUAGGUGACAUCAUACGCAAGUACGGUGUUAGCUUUCACUGUUAUGCUGAUGACACCCAACUCUACAUGCCCCUAAAGCUGACCAACACGCCGGACCGUAGUCAGCUGGAGGCGUGUCUUAAUGAAAUUAAACAAUGGAUGUCCGCUAACUUUUUGCAAUUCAAUGCCAAAAAAACGGAAAGGCUGAUUAUCGGUCCUGCUAAACACGGACCGCUAUUUAAUAAUACAACUUUAACAUUUGACAACUACACAAUAAACAAGGCGACUCUAUAAAGAAUCUGGGUAUUAUCUUCGACCCAACUCGCAUGUUUGAGUCACACAUUAAAAGCGUAGCUAAAACGGCCUUCUUUCAUCUACGUAAUAUCGCUAAAAUUCGCUCCAUUUUGUCCACUAAAGACGCUGAGAUCAUUAUCCAUGCGUUCGUUAUGUCUCGUCUCGAUUACUGUAACGUAUUAUUUCCGGGUCUUCCCAUGUCUAGCAUUAAACGAUUACAGUUGGUACAAAAUGCGGCUGCUAGACUUGACAAGAACAAGAAAGUUUGAUCACAUUACGCCUGUACUGGCUCACCUGCACUGGCUUCCUGUGCACUUAAGAUGUGACUUUAAGGUUUUACUACUUACGUAUAAAAUACUACACGGUCUAGCUGCAGCCUAUUUUGCCAAUUGUAUUGUACCAUAUGUCCCAGGAAGAAAUCUGCGUUCAAAGGACUCCGGCUUAUCAGUGAUUCUCAGAGCCCAAAAAAAGUCUGCGGGCUCUAGAGCGUUUUCCGUUCGGGUUCCAGUGCUCUGGAAUGCCCUCCCGGUAACAGUUCGAGAUGCUACCUCAGUAGAAGCAUUUAAGUCUCACCUUAAAACUCAUUUGUAUACUCUACUCCAGGGGUCACCAACCUUUUUGAAACCAAGAGCUACUUCUUGGGUAUUGAUUAAUGCGAAGGGCUAGCAGUUUGAUACACACUUAAAUAAAUUGCCAGAAAUAGCCAAUUUGCUCCAUUUACUUUUAAUAAAAAAAAUAUUUAAAAAAAAAUUUAUAAAUAUAUAUAUGCGUGUGUGUAUAAAAAAAUGGGUAUUUCUGUCUGUCAUUCCGCCGUACAUUUUUUUUUCCUUUUACAGAAGGUUUUUUAUAGAGAAUGAAUGAUGAAAAAAACACUUCAUUGAACGGUUUGAAAGAGGAGGAAACAGGAAAAAAAAAGAAAAUGUAAUUUUGAAACAUAGUUUAUCUUCAAUUUCGACUCUUUAAAAUUCAGAAUUCAACCAAAAAAAAAUGAAGAGAAAAAUUAACUAAUUCGAAUCUUUUUGAAAAAAUUAAAAAAAUGAUUUAUGGAACAUCAUUGGUAAUUUUUCCUGAUUAAGAUUAAUUUUAGAAUUUUGAUGACAUGUUUUGAAUAGGUUAAAAUCCAAUCUGCAGUUUGUUAGAAUAUAUAACAAAUUGGACCAAGCUAUAUUUCUAACAAAGACAAAUCAUUAUUUCUUCUAGAAUUUCCAGAACAAAUUUUUUUAAAGAAAUUAAAAAGACUUUAAAAUUAGAUUUAAAUUUGAUUUGAAAGAUUUUCUGGGAUUUGCCCACAUAUGCGGCCUUCUCCAAGGUUUCUCAUAGUCAUCAUUGUCACUGUCACCGACGUCCCGCUGGGGUGAGUUUUCCUUUCCCUUAUGUGGGCUCUACCGAGGAUGUCGUUGUGGUUUGUGUUGUGGUUUGUGCAGCCCUUUGAGACACUGGUGAUUUAGGGCUAUUUAAAUAAACAUUCAUUGAUUGAUGUUCAAAGUUCUUCCUGAGGUGGGAAUUGAAACUCUCUGACAUGAGACUGCUAGACGUUCCCAGCAGACCCUCACAAUGCGUUUGGGCCUGCCUGGUCUGUCUGGCAUCAUCCCCUACCAUCACAGCCAACUCACCACCAGGUGAUCGGUAGAAGGCUAAGCCCCUCUCUUCACUGGAGUUUCCAAAACAUGAGACCGCAAAUCCGAUGACACAACUACAAAGUCGAUCAUGGAACUGCGGCCUAGGGUGUCCUGGGACAGGCCCGGCCACCAGGGGCUCGCCAUCGUGCCCAACCUCCGGGCCUGGCUCCAGAGUGGACCCUGGUGGCCCUUGUCCGGGCGAGGGAAAUCUGGGUCCUUUUUUUUUUUUUUUUUUUUCAUGGAGGUCUUCGAGCUGCUUUUGGUCUGAUCGCUCACCGAAGAUCAGUUUGUCUUGGGAGACCCGACCAGGGGACAUAAAGCCCCCGGACAACAUAGCUCCGGACAACAUAGCUCCUAGGAUCAUUGGGACACGCAAACUCCUCUACCACGAUAAGGUGGCAGCUCAGAGAGGAGAUGUUACAUAUCGUUAUUUAUUAUUAUCAGAAUUUCAGCUUUUUAUCGUUACAUGCUCGAUUUUUUUUUGUUCAUCUUAUUUCUUCAACGCGCUACAAGUGGGGGUGGGACAAGAUCUUGUGUUAAGAAAUCUCACAAGAUUAAAACAUGACAAACAUUUUCAUUUAGAAAACAUGCUUGUGGGCAAAAAGCAGUCAGAAGUAUUGUAUUCAUUUCUGUAAUUGUCAGGAGCAUAUGAGCACAUUGCUAGAAUAAAGAGCUGGCCUUGGUACAACUUGACCGUUUAGCAGGGCAUUGCGGGUGAGAGAUACGGCCGCUGUCCUCCAGUUGAGUUCCAUAGCCAAAAGUGUGUAUUUUAAUAAUAAUAGAUUUUAUUUUUAUUGCUCUUUACAUUUGAACAACAAUUUUCCAAGCAGAAUCAGACUAAAUUGUCAAUCAGGUAGACACUAAGAAAUACAAUCUACAAAAAAUUGUCUUUGCACCAAUAAAGGGCAGACAGAACACGCAAAAAACGACUUACUUGUGUUUUGAUGUUUGUUGUCCGCAAACCGCCAGUUUAUGUAUUUUACCAGGAAGGCGCUGUCUCAUUAGCACCAUUGCUAGUCAUGGGCUGCACACUUAUGGAGUUGUUCUGCACGAUUCCACACUUCGGCUUGUGGAGAAGGCCUGCAUGUCUGGAUCUCAACUCUUCUCACCCUUCAUGACCGCUAGUACUUGAUUAUCAAGUAAUUGCAUGACGCAGGAAACCUUUCCUAUAUUUCGCUUUUAAUGACUGCACAUGACGUUGAAAUUGAUAGCAGAGUUAUGAUCCGUAUGCGGAAAAUCUAUUCUGGGUGGUCCAAAAAGACGUUUUCUUCUUCAUACGAGUCGUCUUCUUCGACGACUGAGUCAUUGUGACGUGUGCGCCUCGACAUUGCCCGCUUCUCCAGUCAAACUGAAUGACUUCAAUUAUCCAUCCAUCCAUCCAUUUUCUACUGCUUGUCCCUUACAGGGUGUACCCCGCCUUCCGCUUGAAUGCAGCUGAAAUCGGCUCUAGCACCCCUGGGUCUUUGAUUAUUUGGGUGAUAUUUGCCGUAACCAAGGAAAUGUUUGGCGAGCCACUUUCUAUUUGAGUUACCAUUUAGAAACUCUUUAGUAUUUGAAUUAUAGAAAAGAUUUUAGCAAAUAUGCGGGCAAGCAAAUGCAGAACUGUGAAUAGUGAGGGAUCCAUUGUAAUGCCAUUCUGAACAGGAAGUCACUAUGUGGCAGUUUUAAUACAGUGUAAAUAGGCGGUGUAGUUUUGUUGCUGUUGUGGUUUCACAUUAUAAAGUAAAUAAUGCAACACAUUAACAUAAACAGACACCGUUUUAAUAGAAAUGACCCAGUUGGGUUUUUAAAAAUGACAACUACAUGUCGACAUCCAUAUGUCAAUUUAAGCGUGCACUUUUUAGUAAUAAGAGGAACACGGCGGUCCAGGACUUGAUAAGUCAAUCAAUAUAGAUGGGUCGUCAAUUUUUGUAUUUUUAUUUUAUUUUGCAUAAUACUGAUUGCUUUUAUUCCUCUUUUCACGAACAUUAGAUUUUUUAAAUAUUUUUUGUAACCCGUAGCCAUGUGAUAAAAAGGACACAAUAAAAAUAAAAAAAAUAUGAAAUUAAUAAAUAUUUAACAUAGGCGGGACCGACUUGAACGGGCUCCACUGUAGUUAAGGCAAUAUGGACACCGGACGCAAUGACUUGACGGACUUGAACAUGUGUGUGCAAAUUUGGCCUUGAAGUAACUUCACACUGCAACAUGUGUGACUCAUGUGUCAUUAAAGUAUACAGUAGAUCAGUGUGCUUUUCUCUUUAUAUUUAGGAUGUGGAUUGGAGGGAUGGCUGUUGAGAUAGAGCAUUUUGUCAUUCACACAAGCACACAGUCUGUCACUCUUCACCUGCUGUUGGGCGUGCUCUUGUUUUUGCAUGGACUCACUAUGUAAUCAUUAAUAUCUGCAAGCUAUGUUUGCCCAAGGAGAGAACACGAGGCCCACAGUCAAAAUGCCAUGUACAGCAUAGCUGGUCAUGUUACCAAGAGAGUAAACCCUUUUUUAAUUAUAAGGUUUUAGACAUCAGGACAUUUUAUCCCUUAGGAACCCAAUAUUAAGAAUCGUGGACCACCCAUAAGACAUGUUUAAUGUUUUUAUAAAUUAAUCCUAAUUCAUGGUAAAUAAAAUAAAAUAGAAUAGAAAGUACUUUAUUGAUCCCUGGGGGAAAUUCAGCACCACAGUUCGCUCACAAUAAACAAUAAUAAUAAUAAAUAAUAUAUGACAUAUAUUUAAUAUAUAAUAUAUGAUACAGGAUGUGAGGUGUUACAUUAACACCUGUAUAAAUAAAUGUGGUAACACUUUAGUAUGGGGAACAUAUUAACCAUUAAUUAGUUGCUUAUUAACAUAGGGUUAGGACUAAGGUUGGGGUUGAGGUUGGAGGUUAGGGUUAGGGAAGACUUUUAGUUAAUGGCUUACUGCUUGUAUAAUAAAGCCAUGCAGAAUAAGGCAUUAAUAA